AUGAGCCAUCUUCGACUCCAGACCGCAUCACAUCACCUAGGCCAUUAUCCUGAGCAUAUUUCUCACUGGAGCUUGAUCGAUGAACAAUUAGAAAUCCUCCGGAACAAGUCAAGCUCUUUUCAAGAUAAAUUCAAAAAAGUCCAACAAUUGAUUUUGUUCCUUUCACAUUUGUAUGACAAGAAGAAUGCUAAACAAGAAAAAGUCGUUCUGUUGUUGUAUUUCACCGAAAUCUUCACCCUAUCUCGUCCUGGAGAUGCAUCGCAGCAGGCGGGCCCUGAUCGGCGUCUGCUCAAACCCCGAGCUUGCCCCGGGAGCUCGUCCGCCAAGAACUGGAUUCCACUAGAUAACCUCACCCAACAACGAAGAUGUGACGAGGACCUCAUCAUUCGGAUAACAAAAAACGACAUGAUCAGACUGUUGAUCAACCGCCACCAUCAUCAGAAGCAGCAGCAUCUCGCGUUUGAAGGACUAUUCAGUCGACCUCUGAUCACGAGCCAGCUUAAUCGACCGACGAAAGAUGUGAAGGCCUCAACUAAGAAGUAUUCGACCAGUUCGUCAAAGCAGGAAGAAGAAGAGGAAAGAAGAGGACGAACAAUGCUCGAUGAGCCGAUCGGAAUAGCGGAAGCCUUACGGGCCCGAUAUGUAAGACCGUUGAAGACGAUCUAUGGACGACUGGGGGCGAAGAAGAGCGCCGCGAAUGGAACGACGGCUCGGAGGAAGGAUGCGGGUGAAGAAGAGGGCACUGCAGAAGGGGGAGGCCGGUCGGAAGAAGCCAGCCAGCAGCAGCCUCUGCCUGAGUCGAUCACCGAGGCCUGGCGGCUCGGUCUCCAGGGCACCCAUCCUGCCCGGUUCUCCCAUCUCCGUGCCCGGGCCGCUACCCCGCUAGUGGUCUCCUCCAAGCCUGAUCGGCUACCCACUUCCGAUCUUCCUUCCUCCGCGGACUUGCUAUCGCCCAGUUCCCCUUCGGUGGAGGUCCCGGAUCCCGAGAGCCCUGGGGCCGAAGCGGCUAAGAAGAAAUCCUUGCUCCAAUCUUACUUGGCCCUCGAUAAACGGUCCCAGAAGAUAAUCUCCUUCUCGCUCUUUAUCUGGUCCCUCUCUGGGGUCAUCUACUUUACCUGGUUCUCUCCCUUCCAAUCCUCUUCUCCUACUCCUCCGAUUAUUAGUAGUGCUCGUACUCGUACCAAUAAGAUCCUUGCUUCGUCUGCUAAGAACUUGGACGAUUCUAAAGCUUUAUCGGCUUGACCAUGGUGUCUCUUUUUUUUCCUUUUUUGACGAAAUACAUCGAUCAGUUUCUUCAUUCGUAUGUGGAAUACACAUUGUAGAGAAAGGGAUGUCGAUCAGUCCUCCUCCUCCUUCUGCUUGUCUUUAGUUCUAUGUAACAUCAAUAUCUGCAAUGUCAUAGUCCAGACAACCGAGUAGGAAGUGCUUUUUUGGUUACUGGUUUUACCAUGUACUUUGCAGAUGUGUUUGAUUGUUUUUUUUUUGGUUUGUAUUUUGAGACUCUGGUGAGGAUUGGGUUGAAAGCUGUUUUGGAAGUUGG